GUGUGAGGUGGAGGUGAAGUAUGGAUCUGUCUGGUGCUGUGUUUCUUUCCUUAGGCUGUCUGAUGCUGCAGUUCGCUGAUGGGGAACUGGAUUACAUCUCUCAGGGACAGGGGAUGCAGCUGCAGGGCAACUUCUCCAUCGCUGGACUCUUUCCUCUUCACUACACAAAUGGACCAAGUGCUGCUUUGCCUGCAUUGGGUCCAUGCAAUGAAGGUACACCCAACAAACAUGGAUUUCACCUAUUGCAAGCCAUGAGAUUUGCUGUGGAAGAAAUCAACAACAGCACCGGACCGCAGCCUUUACCAGGGGUGAAGCUGGGCUACCAGCUUUACGACAUCUGCUCUGUACCAGCCAGUGUCCUGGCCACGCUGGACCUGCUGAAGCAGCAGUAUCAAAGCCCCUCUACACCUGAGACAGAGGGAGAGCCAAACUACAACAACAGUCAAACGGCAGUGGCUGUGAUUGGGCCAGACAGCAGCAGCACAUCUUUCACCCCCGCUGCUUUCCUCGGGGCCUAUCUUGUACCACAAAUCUCUUAUGAAGCAUCAAAUGAAAUGCUGAGCAACAAGUUCCUCUAUCCAGCCUUUCUCCGCACAAUCCCCAGCGACAAGAAUCAAGUGGCAGCUAUGAUUCAGCUUCUGAUCCGUUUCAACUGGACCUGGAUCGCUCUCUUAGGCAGUGACAAUGACUAUGGCCUGCAGGGCAUGCAGAGUCUGUCCCAGCAAGCACCAGACUACGGCAUCUGCAUUGCCUACCAAGGAAUCAUCCCCAAGUACAGCGAUGACACAAUCCAGAUCAUGGGGAACAUGGUGGAAAGCAUACUGACGACCAAAGUCAACACCAUUGUGGUAUUCUCCAGCAAGUCAAAACUCAAGGACUUUUUCCCGUUUGUCAUUGAGCGGAACGUGACAGGUAAGGUGUGGAUUGGGUCAGAGGACUGGUCAGUGGCUACUCUCAUAUCAGGGAUACCUGGGAUCCACACCAUCGGCACUGUGGUUGGCGUAGCCGUCAAAUCUGCAGCCAUAUUUGGUUUUGAGGAGUUUGAGAGAAAGGUAGUUGAGGCUUCAAUGCAACACAGUGACACCCAAGUCUCCAAUGUUACCAUGAGCCCAGAUAAUGACUGUCUACAGAGCACUGACCUGUACAGCCUCGCCAGGAAGAAGUUUUCUCUGGAGGAAUAUGACAUCACCUCCUCCUAUAAUGUGUAUACGGCAGUGUAUGCUGUAGCUCAUGCUCUGCACCAAGCACUUGGUUGUGAUUCUGGAGAGUGCCAAAGGAGGAGGGUGUAUCCAUGGGAGCUGCUCUCGUGGCUUAAGGAGGUGCGAUUCUCCCUGCACAACACCUCUGUGUAUUUCGACGUGAAUGGUGACCCGCCCACAGUAUAUGACAUUGUUUCCUGGGUUUGGAGGGGGACUGACUGGUCAGUCAGAGUGGUGGGCUCCUUCAGCCCAGAUCCCAUUACGCUCACAGUGGAUGCUGAUCAAAUUAAGUGGCACGACACGGGAGAUCCAAAACCAGUGCCCCUGUCCAUCUGCUCUCCACCUUGCCCAAGAGGCAACAAGAAGCUGCUGACAGGGCAACACACAUGCUGCUUCGACUGCCAGGCCUGCCCCUCUGCUACAUUUCUCAAUAUAAGUGAAUCCACUACAUGCCAGCCGUGUCUCCCGGAGGAGUGGGCUCCCCCGAAAAGCGAGCAGUGUCUGAACAGGACCGUCCUGCUGCUCGCCUGGGACGCCCCCCUCUCCAUCGCCCUGCUCUUCUUUCUGGCCACCUGUCUUCUCAUGACCUCCAGCUCCGCAAUAAUCCUCCUGCUCAACCUGAACUCUCCCGUGGCCAAAUCUGCCGGAGGCCGCACCUGCCUCCUGAUGCUGGCAGCCCUGACUGCCGCUGCCAUGAGCUCUUUGUGCCAUUUUGGCCAGCCGUCUCCUCUGGCUUGCAUCCUCAAGCAGCCUCUAUUCAUCUUUAGCUUCACUGUGUGCCUGGCCUGCAUCACUGUGCGCUCCCUCCAGGUCGUCUGCAUUUUUAAAUUUGCAUCCAAGCUGCCGCCAGCCUAUGACAAGUGGGCCAAAAAACAUGGGCCAGAGUUUACCAUUUUCCUGCUGUCCAUUACCAUCUUGCUCAUUUCUGUGCUCCGUGUGGCCGUCAACAGUCCUCAGCCGUCCCAAGAUCUCAACUUUUACAAGGACAGCAUUGUGUUGGAGUGCAGUAACACACUCUCACCUGGUGCAGGCCUCGAGCUCGCUUAUGUAUCAAUGCUCAGCAUCCUCUGCUUCUCUUUCAGCUACAUGGGCAAAGACCUGCCAGCCAACUACAACGAGGCCAAGUGUGUGACCUUUAGCCUCAUGGUGUACAUGGUCUCCUGGAUGAGCUUCUUCACCAUCUACCUCAUCAGCAGAGGCCCAUUCACAAUGGCUGCGAAUGUGUUCGCCAUACUCUUCAGCGUCCUGGCCUUCCUGGCGGGCUACUUCCUGCCCAAAAUUUAUAUUAUUGUCCUGAGGCCGCAAAUGAACACCACUGCCCAUUUCCAGAACUGUAUUCAAAUGUAUACCAUGAGUAAACCAUGAAGGUUGUAAUUAUUUCAGUUGGUGAGAAAUAGUUUGAUUGUAUCAUGCAGGAAUAGCAGGUACAAUAAUAGAAAUAGGGUGAGUGUCACUUUUAUGUUUAAAAAGUUAAUUGUAUGUAUAUUUUUACUAGAUUGGUCUCAGUAGGGGAAAAGAAAAUAACUAAAUAAACUUUAUCUUUGUCUCUGUCUUUCGA